GCUUCUUUACAGAUACAGAUUCACUUUGUGUACUUGGUAUGUAAUGCUAACACCUGUACAUGUUAUUUAAUAAUACAUUUGUGUUCUCUUUGUGUUUACAUCUACUCAUCCACUCAUAAGCAUUUGCUAUAUGUGCCUAUACACAUCCAUUUAUUCAUUCACUGUUAUUCACUGACAUGUAUGCGUAUAUGUUAUGUACUGGUAUUAACGUCCCUUUUAUAUUCUUGCUAUUCAGGGUUAGUUGUAGUGGGGCCUGGAAAAAUUUGCGCAUAGGCACAUCCCAGGCUGCCUCCUGUAUCCUACCCACCCUGCAGGCCUGUUCACCAGCCCUGUAGGAGGGUUGUAUGGGUAGAAUGACAGUGGCUCUGGCUAAGUGCCAAACUAUCCUGGCCCAACUCCAGCCCCACAGGAGACAAGAUCAGAAGCAAAGUAGAGCUCACCCGAUAUCUGGGCCCUGCGUGUGACCUCACCCUCUUUGACUUCAAACAAGGCAUCCUGUGCUAUCCAUCCCCCAAGGUCCAUUCCUUGGUUGUUCAUAGCAAGAAGAAAAAGAAAUCUUCAAAGCCAGCCAAGGCUCAGAAAUGGCAAGUUGUAUCCCAGAAGAAAGAAGUUAGAAAGGAGACCCCAGAGGAUGAGCCCAAGAUUGAUGCUGUCACAACCCAACCUUUGCUCCCUGCACCUGGGUGCUGUGAGAACUGUGGAAUCAGCUUCUCGGGAGAUGGUUCACGAAGGCAGAGGCUCAAAACGUUGUGCAAGGACUGUCGAGAGAAUUGCUUUCAACCGGGAGCAAAGGAUGUUUAAGCGUAUGGGCUGUGGGGAAUGUGCAGCCUGCAAGGUAACUGAGGACUGCGGGGCCUGCUCUACCUGCCUCCUGCAGCUGCCCCGAGAUGUGGCCUCAGGACUGUUCUGCAAGUGUGAGCGGAGACGGUGUCUCCGGAUUGUGGAAAAGAGCAAAGGAUGUGGAGUAUGUCGAGGCUGUCAGACCCGAGAGGACUGUGGCCUUUGUCGAAUCUGCCUUCGUCCUCCCCGUCCUGGUGUCAGGCGCCAGUGGAAGUGCAUCCAGCGGCGUUGUCUACGGGUUAGUCUGGUUGGAGGGGCUAGGGCUGGGCCAGAGUUCAUUUUACUAUUGAAGUUGCUACUGUUUUCUCCAACCUGGCCCAACGCUUAUCUUCCCCCUCUCCCCCCCCCCCCCCCCACUUUAUGCUCUCCCUGCCUGCUACAUUGCCAGCACUUAGCACAACGUCUUCGUCGAAGCCAUCAGAGAUGUCAACGACGUCCUCCUCUAACUGUGGCUCUCCCAGCUGGGAAGCAUGGCCGCCGCAGAGGAGGCUGCGACUCCAAGAAAACUACUCGGCAUCGCCCUCAAACUCAGCCUCAGCCGUUGUCACCUUCGCCUCCACCUCCGCCUCCGCCUCCGCCUCCGCCUCCACUUCCUGCACCACAGUCCCCAGGGUCCCCAGAGCUGUAUCCCAGGGGCCUGGCCCCCUCACCACCUGCCGAGUUCAUCUAUUACUGUGUAGACGACAACGAUGAGCUACAACCUUACACGAAUCGCCGACAGAACCGCAAGUGUGGAACCUGUGAAGCCUGCUUACGGCGGAUGGACUGUGGCCACUGCGACUUCUGCUGUGACAAGCCCAAAUUCGGAGGCAGCAACCAGAAGCGCCAGAAGUGUCGUUGGCGCCAGUGCCUGCAGUUUGCCAUGAAGCGGUUGCUGCCAAGUGUCUGGCCAGAGGAUGGGAUGGAGUCAUCCCCUACAAAACGCCGUCGGAAGAGACCUGGCUCUGCUCGAUUCACCCGUCUGGUCCCAACAAAGGAAGCCCCCUUGGUCAAGUCCACAGCCCAUGCCAACUGCACACCGACUCCAGUGAAGGAGGAAGCAGGCAGUGACUUUGUGCUGCCUCCACCAGGCACAGAUCUUGUGUUCCUCCGGGAAGGUGCCAACAGCCCUGUGCAGGUGCCUGGCCCAACUUCAGUUGCUGCAGGAUCUCUGUUACAGGAGGUCCACCUACCUGACCUGGGUUGGGUUAUGACCUUACCCCAGGUGAAACAAGAGAAGGUGGAUGCCCAGGAAGACUGGACACGGGGUCCACCCGUCCUGACUUCUCCUGUAUCGCUGCCCAGCUGCCCCAGCAAGGCAGUGGACUCAGGCCUGCCAGUUGUGAAGCAGGAGCCACCAGAUCCUGAGUGGGAUAAGGAGAGCAAGAAUGACUCUGCCUCUGACUCGGCUCCAGAGGAAGAGACAGGAGGGCCUGGCACGCCUGUGAUCACGGAGAUUUUCAGCCUGGGUGGAACACGCCUCCGGGACACAGCACUCUGGUUGCCAAGUCUGCAGGGCAGGCAUUCGAGGAAGAAAGAUGCACAUAAAGUAUGGGAGACCGCGGACACAUUGGCACCCACAAGCAGUAGCUGGAACCCACAAGGAUGGCCUGGAGCCCAUGUCCACCUUUCAACACCUCCAACUCCGAUGAUGUGGGUGUCCUGUAGAAGAAGCUGGUGCCCUUCGUCACAAAGUUAAAUACACCUCUGACCCAGGACUUAGAGGAGCUAAAGGAAGAUCCAGGGGAAGGUGGAGCAGCUGCAGGCCUGACUUCAGGCCUGACUGCUGCCCACACCAACGAGGUGAGCCAGCAGAUAAAUGACAACAGGUGUGAACUGCAACAGUGUCCGGUGCUGCUGCAUCUAUCUUCUGAGUGUAAAAACAGUAUACAACCGCUUCACUUCUGACCUUCAAUUAUCACGCAAAUGUGGCCUGUCCUAACCGGAAUCAUUGGGGAGGGGAGGCCUGGGAAAUAUAGUCUAGACGAGGUGACAUUACAAAGCCACCUUGCCAAUGAAUCAACGCCCAAGGUUCUUGCUAAUCACCUGAGGAUAAAACGUUACUGAAAAUGGAAAGCUGAAGACCAUGGAUUUCAUGGUGACCGCAGGAAGUACAGGAAUUCUGUCAAGCCCACCUAGAAAAAUCUUGUUGGUCUCUAUUUUUGUUUCACUCAUCAAGUACUGAGAAUUUUGCCCGUCGUAGGCGCUGUAAAUAUAAGGAUACAGAAACGAGAAAGAUAUAGUCCAUACAAAUUUAUUAAAUGCAUUAUUAUGUA